AUGGCUGGCCCCCGAUCCGAGGCCGUCGAUCUGGCCGCCCUCGAGGCCUCUGUCGGUCAGCCAGACGCCCUACAGUGCUGUUGUGGCAACACAGAUUGUCAUUUUCUGAAACACAAUUGCUCUGUCCUCAAUAGUGUCGAAAGAGAUGUGCAUACGGCUGCUCGCCUCGGUCAGGCCCUUCUAGCCCGGCAUGAGGCUCUCAUGGCCUCGGCCGAGACGGAACGAUUCGAAAUGCAAUCACGUAUCGACCAGCUCGAGACCGACAAGAAGUCCCUCGAGGCCGAGAACGCCCGCACCAUCCAGGAGAACCGCGCCCUGCUCGAUCAGCUCGAGUCCCUCAACAGCUCCGUCGCCGACUCCGAGACGCACAUCAAGAGCCUCGAGGCCACCCUGCAGAGCACUGAGCAGUCGCUCCGAAAGCUAGAGAGGGCAGAGCUGCGCGCGAACGAGCUCGAGACCCAGCUCAGCGUCGUCGAGGCAGAACAGGCCGAGCUACACAACACCCUCGUCACGACGCAGGCAGAGGCCAGGUCGGCCAUGCAGAGGUGGCACAAGGCGGAGAAGGGCAUCUCGGAGCUGCAGGAGAAGCUGGAGAGGAUAGAGCGAGAGGCCCGUGAGGAGCGCGACCGCCACUCCGACAUGGUUGAGCGCAUGGAGAAACAGCGCGCCAUGGAGAAGGACCUCUACACAGCCGCCGGGAGGCUCAAGGGCGCCGCCGCGGCCAAGACGAUCGGUGACGGCAAGAACGGAGGCACCGUAGUGUCUCAUUUCGUGCGCGACCUGCUGUCGGACAAUGCGAACCUGCAACUGGGCAUCGCCGAACUGCGCGAGCUGUUGAUGAACUCCAACGACGAGAUUCAGCACCUGCGCGAGCAGCUCAUGUUCCACCAGCCCGCCGACGACGACGACGGCCUGGAUCCCAAGACACCAAGGUCACCAAAGCAGCCACACAGGCCCGAGCCCACGCCAUCCGUAUCACAAGAACUACAUAUCCAUCAUCACUACCACGUUACGAGGCCCGUCGAGCCGAAGAAGCCGCUGAAGAAGAAGCGGCAGGGCUUGACGCCCAACAUCUUUACACCCUCGAGGCCCUUCUCUCCCUCGGGCGCGUCGAGCCCCGCACAGUGGCGGCUGGAGCACAGCGCGACAUCCCCUGGCUUCGUCUCGCACUCUGUGAAGGAGUCUAUCUCCACAAUCCCCUCGACCCGCUGGUCUGUCUUCUCGGACCAGCCAUCUGACUUUGCAUCGUCAUCUGUGCCUAGUUCACCCAUGUCUACCCAUCACCGGAGGAUCUCCGUCUUUGACCAAGAUUACGACUCCCCUGCGUCGCCCGCGACCAGUGUGGAUCCCAACUCCCCAGCAUGGACGAAGCAUUACAGAGCGUCGCACAACCACGAUACAGGCGCGCGCACAUUUUCAACCCCGAGGCCAUUAUAUCUAGGUGAUGUGCCGGAGGACGAGCCGCAUAGGGAGUCGAAUGAGCGUCUGAUCACAGACGUGUCCCAAUGCACACCACAACUGUCGGCAAGCACAUCUCCAGACGCAUCAACGGGCAACCCCUCCGACGGCGCGCUCAGCAUGCCGUUGACGCCCAGCUUCGACGACUCCUUUGUGGGCUCCCGCCCGCGCCUCCACCGUGUCUCCUCGCAGGAGUCCAUCAUGUCGCUCAGUGGAGGUCUAGACAUCCACACUUUGAAGGUACGACCUGGACAGCUCGCGCUGCGACCUCUCGGCUCCGUGUCUGCUGAGACAGAACUGAGUGCCGUCAUCGCACGACCCACCAUCGCGAGGGGAAAGACGGAUGGCAAGAGGGGGAGUGUCGUGCUGCGGGACAACCUUCUCAACCUGCCGAACCUGGUGAUCUCAGUCGAGGCACCGUCUCCCACUGGAAGUGAACACACCCCGCAGCGGCAGUCAUCAGCCAGCAGCGGCUUUGGUCGCAUCGUCAGCUGGCGGCCCUGGGGAGGCAAGAACAGCAAUCAUAACAGUCCGAACACGGCCACGGAGCAAGCCAGCAGCGAAGCCUCGACGCCCGCCCCAUCUGAGCGCGCCCGCAGUACCGGCACGAUCCCUGGCUUUUCGGCUUACUGGGCUGCUCAUCAGAUGAAGGGCCCCACGGCCCAGGUUGUCCCUCAGAAUGUUGACACCGAGGCGCUGAGGGAAGGACUCGAGGAGUAG